AUGGAAAAUACCAAAGCAAACACAGAGCCUCCUUCUGUUAAAGAGCUGCUUAAGAUUCUGUACGGCGGCAAACGUUUCGGAAACCAUGUGGACGAAGUCUGGCCGAAUCUGUUCCUCGCUGACAUGACAGUUGCCAAUGAUCGCUACAGCAUCUGGAAGCUGAGAAUCACCCAUGUUUUGAACGCAGCACACGGGCGGCCCCAUAGUGAGGGGAGUCCAGACUUCUACGGGCCCUCGGUGGAAUACUGUGGGGUCCCCGCUGACGACUCUCCGAGCUUUGACCUCUCCAAAUACUUCACUUCUUCAGCCAAGUUCAUUCACAAUGCACUGGAAGUGGAAGAAGGCCGUGUCCUGGUGCACUGUGCAGUGGGGGUGAGCAGGUCGGCCUCCCUGCUCCUGUCCUACCUCAUGCUGCAUCACAGUCUCUCGCUGCUGGAGGCCGUCCUCACCGUGAAGCAGCACCGGUGGAUUUUCCCAAACACAGGAUUCCUGAAGCAGCUCCGAGCUCUGGACAUCAAACUGAGAAGCGAUCCAUCUCACCAUUAA